AUUCAUACUCUUCAUAAAUAUUUUUUCACUGAGUUUUGUGGGGGUAAGCCCCAUUCUGAAGAAGUUGAUGAUUUUACUGUCUAAUUUUUUAUUUUUCCUUACAGAAUGAGUUCUGGGUGGGUUCCAUGGAUGGUGGCUCUGCUAGUGAAUGUAAUCAGACUGGAUUCCUCCAUGACUCAAGUCAGAAACUCUCCAGAAGAUUUUGUGAUUCAAGCAAAGGCUGACUGUUACUUCAUCAAUGGGACAGAGAAAGUGCAGUUUGUGGUGAGAUUUAUUUUUAACUUGGAAGAGUAUGCACGUUUCGACAGCCAUGUGGGAAUGUUUGUGGCAUUGACAGAGCUGGGGAAGCCUGACGCUGAGCUGUGGAACAGUCGGCCGGAUAUACUGGAGAGGAGUAGAGCUUCUGUGGAUGCCCUCUGCAGGCAUAACUACAAGCUAGGUGCACCCUUCACUGUGGGGAGAAAAGUACAACCAGAGGUGACAGUGUAUCCAGAGAGGACCCCGUCCCUGCAGCACCACAACCUGCUGCUCUGCUAUGUGACCGGUUUCUAUCCAGGGGACAUCAAGAUCAGGUGGUUCCGGAAUGGGCAGGAAGAGAGUGUCGGGGUCGUGUCCACUGGCCUUAUCAGGAAUGGAGACUGGACCUUCCAGACCAUGGUGAUGCUGGAAAUGACUUCUGAACUUGGAGAUGUCUACACCUGCCUUGUUAAUCAUCCCAGCCUGCUGAGCCCUGUUGCUGUGGAGUGGAGAGCUCAGUCUGCAUAUUCUUGGAGAAAGAUGCUAAGUGGAAUUGCAGCCUUCCUGCUUGGGCUGAUCUUCUUUCUGGUGGGGACUGUCAUCUGCCUCAGGGCUCAGAAAGGAUAUGUGGAGCCUCAGUUGUCUGGUGAUGAGGUCUCAAGCACAGUUCCUUCACCACAACCAUGCUAAAGUCCCAACCAAAGCUUCUUGCCCUGGAGCCUGAAGUAGUACCGAGGGGCUUGAGCCCAGGACUAAGGAGCCCUGUGAGUUACCCUCACGUCUUCCUCUUUCCAGCCGUGCUCCCCACUGUCUCCAGAAGACAAACGCUCAGCGGCAGUGUUUCUUUUUCAUUGUUUUUUAUGACCUUUUUUUUUUUUACUGUAAAAUAAAACUGAGAUACCGAUAACCACACAAAAUGUAGAGUUUAAUGAAU